ACAACAAAGUUUGGCACCAGAUUUCUCCUGGACGCCCCCCAGCCACUGCAUGGAUUUGUUAAAUUCCAUCACCAGCACACUUGAUUUAAUAAGAUGUAGUAUUGAUUGGCCAAACUAAGUAUGGGAUGAUAACUACAACUAAUAUUGGGCUUCUUCAAGUAAAGGUUUGGAAGUGGUUAAACAAACACACUGACAUACAUAAAACCACCACUUACUGUAUUCAUGUUAUUUGUAUUCAUUUUAAUAUUAUUGUUUAUCUUAUCCAUAAACACUUUAAGGUGCCUAAAACGUUUACACAGUACUGUGUAUUUUUAAAUACAUUUAUGUUACAUGUAUAGUAAGGCAAAAUAGUACCCAAUUAAAACUUUUUUUCAUUGGUAUUUUACCACUGUAAGUGUUCCAUAUAAAAACUCAGAAGGCAUUUGAAGGUUCACUGGAUAAUAAAUAAAAUAAAUAUGUAUUUGAGUUGUAGACGUCAUUACAACUGGUUCCUGUCACCACCACCAAGUCAGUUAAGUUUUUCUGCACAUUUUCACAUCAAAACAUUCUGAAUGACUUUAUUUGCAUCCCAAAGAUUGAAUUGUGCAAACUUUUUGAAAAAUCUCCAGAAUUCCCCUUUAAAUAGUCUGUACUACUUGAGCACCAGUGCUAGUCAGGGCCACAUCACAGAUAGUAGGUACAGACUAUUUUUGUAGUGGGUUCAUUACCAUUAUAUUACUUUUAAGGGCAAAGUUAUUCUGCAGAGAAUGAGAUGGGGCUUUUGAAAGGUGUAGCUUUGAGCCAUGCUUGAUACUAAUACAAAGUGGAGCCUUUUAAAACAUAUCCAGAUUAGCAAUUCAUUAAAUUCUCAAUUUCAUGCAAUGGGUUUAAGAGUUUAAAGUGAGAGGGAGAGAAAUUGAGAGUGACCAUCGUUCAUAGCCAUCCCAAACAGCAGGCUGUAAUUAAAUAUGCCACUUCUGCUCCACUGAUUCGCUCACUUCAUAAUUUGGCUGCCGAACUGAAUGCAUCUCUUUCUGUUAAAGGACCACAUUGUUUUCACAGAGCUUUGGCCUCAUUAGCAGAAGUAGAUGCUGGGGCUCUGGGGGAGGGGUUGACAGACUGGAGCACUGUGUCUUCCCAUCCAUAGUGAUGUGACACAAUCAGUUUGGAGAUGAUUGUGGCGAUUGGAAAACCAAACUUGCUGAGAGGCCAACAUAUUCUUAUUUAGUUUACCUCUAUACACUACUGUCCUGAUGAAGAACCUCCACUGUCACGGCACUAACUGUGUGAGUAUUAGGCAAAGUGAGGGACUCCAAGCUCACUUACCCUGCUGUAUGGGCUUAUCAGAGGCUAAGCCAGAGGGAGGAAAAAAACAGUAAAGCUAGUCUCAGUCGGGCAGAGCUACGGGCACAAGGCCAUCUGUCCAUUCUCUGAAUACAACUGACAACAAAGGAGGGCAAUUCUUCAUUACCAGGACCAUACAGCCACUAGAGACUCACAUACUCCCUCACAUUGUUGGAGAGACAAGGAGGACAAGAGGGAAAAAACAACUGACCGACACCAACCUACUGUCUCAACCUCUAUCAACCCAGCAGGGUGCCUGCUGCCUGUCUGCUGCGUUAGGAGUACAAUGGCGACUGAGAGAGCUGCUUCUGCUCUUCAAACCUCAUAGCAAGUCUGUCUGAAAGCGUGAAGUGUCCAGAUCAUCAAGAAGUAUGAAUAUGAAUGAGAAGGAGGGCGGCUUGUCUGAGGGAGGGCUAAAUGUCACCCUCACCAUCCGCCUGCUAAUGCACGGAAAGGAAGUGGGCAGCAUCAUUGGGAAGAAAGGGGAAACGGUCAAGAAAAUGAGAGAAGAAAGUGGAGCUCGUAUUAAUAUUUCCGACGGCUCCAGCCCCGAGCGCAUCGUCACCAUCACUGGCCCCUCUGAGGUCAUCUUCAAAGCUUUCACCAUGAUUGCAGAGAAGUUUGAAGAGGAUAUCCUGACGUCCAUGGUGAACAGCGCUGUGACGAGUCGACCCCCUGUGACGCUGCGCCUUGUGUUCCCUGCCAGUCAGUGCGGCUCGCUUAUCGGCAAAGGAGGCUCCAAGAUUAAAGAGAUCAGAGAGACCACAGGUGCGCAGGUGCAGGUGGCUGGAGACUUACUGCCGGACUCUACCGAGAGAGCAGUGACCAUCUCCGGCACUCCUCACGCCAUCACGCAAUGCGUGAGACUCAUCUGUGCUGUCAUGCUGGAGUCGCCGCCCAAGGGAGCAACGAUUCCUUAUCGGCCCAAACCUUCCCCUGGUGGCAAUCCUACAAUCUUAUCCCAACCGCAUACAGCUCCAGCCUUUGCUAUUCCGGGACAGUUCGCCAUUCCACCUCAAGACUUGACCAAGCUUCACCAGUUGGCUAUGCAGCAUAUCCCCCUUACCUCCCUUGGGCAGAGCAACCCUACCUUCCCUGGUCUGGAUGUGUCUGUUGCAACAAGUUCUCAUGAGCUGACCAUACCGAAUGAUCUCAUAGGCUGCAUUAUUGGCAGACAGGGCACCAAGAUCAAUGAGAUUCGCCAGAUGUCUGGAGCCCAGAUCAAGAUAGCUGGGGCCACAGAUGGUUCGGCUGUGCGCCACGUCACCAUCAGCGGCUCCCCGGCCAGCAUCAGCCUGGCCCAGUACCUCAUCAGUGCCAGUUUAGAGAUGGCUAAACUCAGCAUCCAGGCCGCCUCCUCCUCCUCUUCCGGCAACCCCGUCGACCUCAGCCUGAGUUUCCCCCAGUCUGCCUCUCCCGUCUCCGCCUCUACCCCUUCCUCCGUGGCCAUGCUGGCUGCUCCUCCCUCUGCCAUUAACGUCCACUCCCCUCAGGCCGUGCCCACCAUCCCCAACGCCCACUACGCCCUCCCGGUCUCCAGUCUGCUUGGCAUGAAAACCGUGCCCCUGCUGGCCGUGCACACCGCUGCCUCGGGCCUCGCCCCCUACACUGCAAAGAUCCCAACCUCGGCCACCAUCAAAAAAUCAGAGCGCCAGAAGUUCGCCCCCUACUGACCAGACUCGGCAGCCUUUUAAUCUCUCACUCUCAUCUGUGCUAUGUGUGCUGUUUGUGUUUUGCAUCUCUGAAGACUUUGAAGGUUGAGUCUUUUUUCUUUUUUCCCUUUUCGCCCUCUUUUUUUUGGUGCAUCUUCAUGCAGUAUUAUGCAAACGGAUAGUGACAGAGUGACAAGAUGAAUUGCUCCUCAAAUCAUCCUCCAUUUUCUUUGGCAUCUCAUUCGGAAAUGUUUGAGAUAGCAAUCUCAAGCCAUAUAUUUUAAAUGACACUCCAUUCUUUUCCCUUUUCAAACCGCAGCCCAUGAGACUAUGUAGUAUUGUAUUUGAAAUCUCACUCAAGUUCUUUAUUUCCUUAUUACGACCUCUGUCAAGUACAUGCAUAUAUGUGUUAAUUACAGUAUUAGAGAAUGCACUGCUCUAAUCUUCAUUUUGUCUGGAGUUUCUCUGAAUUAGUCACUUUUGAGUCAUAUUUUGCUAAUUAUGUCUCUCGUGCUUGUUUUCAUCUUUCAUCUUUAUGGCAUUAAAGCAGGGAAAUGGAAUUUGCUGUAGUUCUUGCUUGGAACAAAAAACACAAAUCUUGGCAUAAACGUUACACUAACUAGUCAUCCUGCAGUGCUGUGGUACAAAAUGCAUUAAGGGUCACACUAACAUGAGUAAACAGUGUAUGGGAGUCAUAGCACCAUGUAUGCAAAUGACAUUGUGUUUGAGGUCUGGAUAUGGGAGUCUUUUUAGUUUUUUUCCAUUUACUGGUGUGAACCAUUUAACUGUGUAAUAAAACAGGCACGUUAUACUGCACUGGCGGAGGAGGAGUGGAAUGACUGUUCUGAACUGUGGCAGCGUGUUACUGUCCUGUGGAGCUGAUGGUGUGCUUCUCUCCUAGGCUGUCUGCAGCGCUAGCUGGCCUGGGGCCUCCUUAGCCAUGCAGCCUCUCAUUAAAACUCUGACUGGAUUACCCCAAAGCCAUAUGGGAUUCUUAAGAACUCAGUGUUGUUCAGGAGAGCCAGGCUACGCAAAUGAUAUGCAAAUUCACUAAAUCUUUCGCGAAACUUUUUAACAACAAAAUUUGUUAAAUGAAGUGUUGUAACUACAGUGUUGACCUGUUUGAUGGAUUUUUAAUUCAUUAUUUUAUGUCCAUUUGGUAUAAGAAAUGUGCUUGUGUUUGUUCUUUUAGACUGUUUUUGAAGUCACGGUUGUCUUUUUGUUGUAUGAUAAAUGUUCUUUGGCUCCUAAAUGUAGAACAUACCACAUAUUCUUGAAUUAAAUUGUGGCAGCUUUUUAUUAGAA